AUGGAGUUCCUGGAUGAUGUGAUGGAAGACACAACGGAUGUCUACAAUGGCCAACUCUCAAUUGAUUUGGAUAUGGCUAACAACAAAGACAUUGAUGAUGGGAAGACCGUGACGGGAAUGAUGGACAAGAUGCAGGAACAAGAGCAACAGCUGGAAGAUGCCUUCAAUGAGAUCAAGAUUUGGGACAAUGCGCUGGAGGAUCAGGAACGCGCCUUGGCACAACAACGUGCGGACAAUGCGGCACUGCAAGCACAGCUUGCUGUCCUCCAGAGUCAGGCCAGCGAUCUACCUACCAUGAUGGGUCAGCCAUCUCCCACUCCACCCCACAACAAUCGCGAGUCUCCUGAACGUCAAGCAUUGACUCCACCGGUCAGAUCUAGCAACAGAACCUUAGGCAAGUCAUCCACCGGGCAGAGCACUAUGGUUCCCAACACAUUGACACAACCAAAGAAGGCCACCAAGCAGGGCAAGCCACCAAAACAACCAGCCAAGAAGGGCCGUAUAAGUGCAGGUGUUCAAUUUCAGGAACCAUCCUCUGCCCAACCCUUGGCGGCCUUGGCUGUUCAAUGUGGGUCACGCAAGCAGCACCAGUCCAUUGAUCUUGCCCUAUCCAAACGAUUGAUCUGGGACUCGCUCAUCCUGGAAAGACGGUCUUCCGGCUGGAUCUCGAACGACGCAAAGUCUUGCUUCGAUCGCAUCGUUCACUGGGUGGCGAAGACGGCCUUGCGGAGAUUCGGCCUGCCGGUCACUGUCACCAACCUAAUGUUCGAUAUCUUGGCCAAGGCUAAACACAGGGUCCGAGCUGGCUUUGGCAACUCGGAUCUGACCUUUGGGCCCACUGGCGAUGUUCCCUUCCAAGGCUGCGAGGCCGAGGGAUUUGGGUACAUGAGCAACACUGCCCUCACUAACGAGGAGUUCUUCGCUUUGUGCUUCUGCUUUGUUGAUGACACCGAUGUCAUGGAGUCCAACGACAACGUGGAGACGACUGGCGAAGACCUCCUCCCUUUGGUACAAUCGGCUUUGGACCUAUGGUCGGGUGGCAUCAGUGCCACUGGUGGAGCUAUCAACCCGGCGAAGUCCUUCUGGUGGCUGAUUGAUUUCAAAUGGCGGCCGUCCUCUGGCACGUGGGUGUUUCGAAGGAAGGCUGAAAUGCCUGGCGAACUGACCCUCCAAGACCCGACUGGGCCGUGGGCGACACUACGACGCCUCCAACCCGAUGAAGCUGAACGGACCCUGGGAGUCAUGAUGGCCCCACUUGAGACCGGAACUGCACAACACCUUGCCCUGCGGGAGAAGGCCAAGAACUGGGCAGCCAAGUUCCUUCCCCAACAUCUACUUCACUAUGACGUUCUUCCCUUGCUCAAGGCAACCGCCAUGAAAACUUUGGAGUACGUGAUGCCCCUUUCCACACUGGGCCGCUCCGACUGGGUGUCCAUCAUGUCACCAAUCCUCCAAGCGAGUUUGCACAAAGCUGGGGUUUGCCGUUCCUUUCCCCGCGUCGUGGUCUUUGCCCCUCUGAAGUACCAGGGAUUGGGUAUCCCGCAUCCUUUCGCCCUUCAAGUCUUCCAUCAUCUCAGUUUUAUAAUGCGCCAUUUGGCCAACCGUACCGAGACCGGCCAGUACCUGGAGGCCAACCUACAGUCCCACCAACUCGAAACGGGCACCUCCUUUCCCCUUCUUCAACAAGAACCCACCAACACCGGGAUCCUUGCCUCCAAAACAUGGCUCAAACGGGGUUGGAUCGAGCUCGACUCAUUGGGCAUCAGAGUCGAGAUCUCCUCCCCUCCCUUGUCCCUCCACUGUGUCGACGAUCGUCUCUUGAUGGACAUCUUCAUCGAUGCCUUGGUCGACCAAGAGGACUUGCUGUGGCUCAACUACUACAAUUGGCCCCGAACUCGACGCCCUGGCCCCUCUCACUGGGACCUAUGGCGACGCUUCCUCUCUCAAGCUGUCCUCCGCCCCUACAGCCGCCGUCGCCGAUUGUUGCAGCCCCUCGGACCGUGGUCUGAUUCGCUAGACCGCUGGACCUGGCUCUUCUCUUGUACCACUUUGAUCCUCUUCCAUUGGACAGACAAAAACCUGGCAAUCUACCGGCCCAUCAACUCGCGUUCCCAUAAGACCUUCCGAAGGGAUCUUCACCACACCUGGACGGGCACCCUUCCUGGGGACGUCCAAUGGGCCUCAGUCAACCUUCACCCACGGACAGCCUACAUCACUGUCACGGGCACAGCCCCGGUAGAUCUACCAGACCAGGAGUCCUUGCCAGCCUCGAUCCUUCACAUCUGGAGGGAAUUGGCAGCCGACAUGGACGACAAUUUGGGAUGGGUCCCGGAAUACAUCUACAUUGAGGGUGACGAACAAGUCCUCCUGGAGGCACUGGAGAAGGGGAAGCUACGGGUGAUCAGCGAUGGCUCCUUCAAGCAACAAGUGGGCACAGCCGCUGUCCAGCUACGAACUUGA